AUGUCCGGGUCCGUCACCGUCCCCAGCCUCGGCAUCACCAAGAGCUCCGCCAACCCUGCCGUCCCAUUCAUUGGCGGCCUCUUGAUUGAGGUCUUCGUCGCUUGCGUGCUGUACGGGGUCACCACCCUCCAGUCGUUCAUUUACUUCCAGAAAUACCCCAACGAUGCCAUGUCCUUGAAGCUCCUUGUCGGUGCCGUUUGGACACUCGAAACGGUGCACACCGGCUUCUGCAUGCUCUUCCUCUACGAGUACCUCGUCGAGGGCUUCGGCGACUUUGCCUACUUCCUCCACAUCAACUGGGGUAUCGGAGUUACGGUCAUUACUAGUGCUUGCAUUGCGCUUUGUGUACAAGGGUACUACGUGUGGCGAGUUUGGUGCGUCAGCAGCAAAUCCUUCGCAUGGACGGUAGCCAUCGCUAUCCCCGCCGUCGCGCGUGUCGCAUUCGGUGUUGGCUCGACGAUCCUGAGUUACAAAUACGACGACUGGCUCACCUUCCGUGAUACGAAGUCUUCCCUCAUCACGAUCAGCGGUGGCCUCGGUGCCGCUGCGCUCGUGGACGUCCUCGUCGCCGUCACGCUCUCGUAUUACCUCAACAAGGGCCGCAGCGCCUGGCACAAGGAGUCGAACAGCAAGAUCAACAUGAUCCUGCUGUACGCUGUCAAUACGGGUGCCAUCACUGGCACGGCGUCGGUACUCUGCGUGAUUCUGUUCGCCACCCAGAAACAAAGCCUGACCUUCCUCGGGCUCGUCGAGAUCCAGGCUAAGCUAUACUCGAACUCGUUCCUCGGCUCGCUCAACGCGCGCGCGCACAUCCGCAACAAGAACAACCCCGGCGCGCAGUACCCGUCCUUUGAGUUCUCCUCAGGCAACGGCUUCCGUGCCGCGGGCCCGCCGCAGUCCCAGGUCCCCGUCAUCCGCACGCAGCCGAAGGUGGAGGUCUACCAGCAGACGAUCGUGCACGACGACCACGGGCUGCGGAACGAUAGCGACCUCGACAUGAAGACGAUCAAGGGCGGCGAGCUCGUCUGAGGCACGCCCGAGCCCCAAAACCUCGUGCGGCCGCCGUGCGGCCGGCGCGGACACGGAAUUGGACGCCGGCGUUGUGGCGUCGCGCGCGCAGCUUCCAGUAGACUGCUCCUUCUGGAGCCCCCCCUGGUCGUGUGGGCGAAGGCUUGGCAUGCGGAUUUGUGGAUUUCUUCCUUCGUUCGCGUGUAGAUGUUAGAGUUUAGGCUAUGCACUAGAUGCAGCCGCAGCCCCGUCGCUCGUUUAGAACAUAGAAUGUUGCCAUCGAUUCACCUUGUAGCGUACAUAUUUUCGCGUACACUCGUUGUACGUCAUUACUGUUUGUCUGUUGUAGAGCGGUGGAUUGUGGAUGGAGUCGGCGUGUCCGGUGGUUAUAAUGUUAGACUGUUUCGGU